AUGGCGACCGUCUUGGACUCGACUAUCUCGGGCUUUACGAUCAAGAACUCCCCGUUUCACACAUUCAGCAUCGUCGACUGCAAGAGAACGACUCUCAGUGGGCUCACACUCGACUCUAGUGAUGGCCACGGAAUCGACAAGAACACCGAUGGCUUCGACUUGGCAAGUAAUGAGUAUGUGACCAUCAAAAAUAACAAUAUAUUCAACCAUGACGACUGUAUUGCUGUGACGUCUGGCAUUCACACUAUUUUCAGCGGAAAUGAAUGCACUGAAAGUCACGGUAUCUCGAUCGGCUCCGUUGGUGGUAAUUUGGUUGACGAUAGCACGACGGUAUCCGACUUCGUCGCUCAGGACAACACCAUUACCAACAGCUUGAAUGGCCUCCGCAUCAAAGCAGUGGCGGACCUGAAGGGAAUGGUGGACAAUGUGAAGUUCAUUAACAAUCAUCUCGAGAACGUGAAGAAUGCCAUCGCCAUCCAUUCAAACUAUAACAGAGCGACUGGAGGCUACAGUGGCAAUCCCACUAGUAUGGUGACAAUCUCCAAGAUCAAGGUGGACGGACUCUCGGGCUCGGCAAGCCAGGUGUACGAUAUCUUUGUUAACCCGAACAUGGUUUCGAUGUGGACGUUCACGGGUAUCACUGUGACGGGCGCGAAGGGUACUUGCACUGGCCAACCAACUGGCAUCUGUUGA